AUGCUCUACACGAGCGGUGUUAAUUGGAUGACUAUGGAACAGAUGAAGGGCGCAUUCAGAGGCGUUGAUCUGAAUCAAUCGGGCGGCCUCCAUCUCACUGAGUUAGCACAAGCCAUCGCUGCCACUGACCAUGAUUGCAAGCAACUCUUGAAAGGUACCAUCCCCCCUGAUGAGUUUCUAGAAAGGGUCCUUGCAGCGAGCGAGACGGUGUCAAUUACGCCUCGUCGAAGGAAGUAUGUGAACCACUAG